CCUUAUUUUACCCCUGAAUUCACCUCGCAUACUUCAACCCUCCUUCUCCAUCACCGUCAUGCCGCUGUCACUUCGCUGCUUCCGUCGCUCUGCUGCUGUCGUCGCUCCGCUGCUGCCGUCGCUUCGUCUCUCUGCACCGUUGUUGUUACUGCUCAAUCAAAAUUAAUUACUCACUUACUCUCUCUCUCUCUCUCUUGUUCUUCAUUGAUUUUUCAUCAAUUUUUUGGAUAAAAAAUUUGCUCAGCAAUACUAUAGAAUAGGUCUUCAAAGAUUGAUUUGGUACUAAUCAUUAAUCUAAUUUGGAUCCUGAAGCAACUUAAAAAGCACAGAAAAAUCUAGUAUCUAAUUUCUUCAAUCCCUAAUUUUUCAGAUUCACUUCAAUUAUUCUGUAGCAUUAACUCAAUUUUUUUUAUUCACUACUUUUUUCCAUGAUUCUGUUUGUAUUGAGCGACUUUAAUUUGUUUUCUUUUGUUUUAGAUUGAAUCUUAACUCUAUAAUUUGUUACUGAACUCUUUUCAAAGCCAACUUCAGUUUCAUUUGGAAAUCCCCUAUUUCAGGUGUAAACUAUGACCUAAUCAAAACAAGUUCGCAGUGGAAAGUGGAGCCAAAACUGUUUGUAUAUGCUACUAUGAGUAGGAAAACAACCGAUACCGAUAUGAUAUGAUGCAAAGAAUCACAACCUCUGCAUUCCUCGCUUUAACUCCUUUUUCAAAAGCCAAAGCCUAUGAUUCCUAGAACAACAUCAACACCAACGCUUCAAGCUUUGAUUGAGGUGUCCAAGAUGCAUUCGAAAAGUGGGGAUGUUUGGCCACCAAAAGGAGCAUUGGAAGAAGCUAAGGCGUUGAAUUCAAGGAUGAAGCGUAGUGGGAACCUAAGCAGCAAAGAUAUGUUGUUUAGAGCUGAUAAGAUUGAUCUCAAGAGUUUGGAUGAUGAGCUAGAAAAGCACCUUACAAGGGUUCUGUCUAGACAUAUUCAUGCCAAAAGACCUAAAGAAGAGUGGGAGAUUGAUUUGGCAAAACUAAAUUUGCAACAUGUUGUGGCGAAUGGGGCCUAUGGCACUGUCUAUAAGGGCACCUAUGAUGGCCAAGAUGUUGCAGUGAAAGUGUUGGAUUGGGGUGAGGAUGGUGGUGCUUCUGCAGCUUCCUUAAGAACAUCAUUCCAGCAGAAGGGACGACAAUCUUGGAUGCUAUCAAGGCAACAGUGAGAGUUGAAAAUGAAGUUAUUUAGAAGAAGAUUCCAUAGAAAGACACUAUAAACAGUAAUGAGUUCUCAUUUGUAAUUGUAGCUGUUGGUGAACCUCCUUAUGCAGAGUCCUUGGGUGACAAUUCUGAGCUUAAAAUCCCCUUCAAUGGACCUGACAAUAUAAUUCUAAGUUUAGUUAUUUAUCUUGUCUUAAG